AUGGCUUUGCUCACCCCGGGGCCAAUCGUCUCACACGUGCUCAUGGUCCUCGUGGCCAUGUUGAACAUCUGCAUUCUUUCCUACGAUGCUGGGAUGAUCAAUAACUUGAACUCGGUUAAGCCAUACCAAGACUACUUCAAGUUGAAUAGCGAUAUGAUUGGACUGAAUGUUGCCAUCAUUAGUGCCGGUUCGAUCUUCGGCGCCCCGAUAGUGGGUCCCGUCGUUGACCGUUGGGGACGGAAGACCGGCCUCGCCGUUGGCUCCAUCUGGAUCAUUCUCGGAGUUGUACUUCAAGCUUCGGCCUCGAAGGUUCCACAGCUCAUCGUCGGCCGCUUCAUUAUCGGAUUUGCCUCCCUCAUCAAUGGUUCCAUUGCUCCCAUGUGGGUCAUGGAGGUGGCGGCGCCAAAAUACAGCUCAAUUCUUUCAAGCACCGUCUUGACAUCCGUACCUUUUACGUCGUUCUUGGUCAGUUGCAUUGUCCUGGGCAUCUACGACAAGCAGUCUGAUUGGGCAUGGAGAGGGCUUAUGCUAGGAGAAGCAGUACCUUCUAUCAUCUCCCUGUCCCUCUUACCGUUCGUCGACGAAAGCCCACGCUGGCUGUUUUCAAAGGGCCGCCAUGACGAGGCAAUAGGGGUACUCGCUCGAUUACAUGCGAACGGAAACAGGGAAGAUGCUUUGGUGCUUUCAGAGACACAAGAAAUUGUCGCGGCUCUGAACCACGAAAAGGAGAGUAAUGGAGGAUGGAAAGACCUCAUUGCGCCAUCUCCAAACCUGAAACGGUUCACAAUCGCUGUACUAACGAAUAUCUUCUAUCAAAUUUUGGGCGGAAAUAUGAUCCUAUACUUCUCGUCCUUCCUGAUUGGGAAACUAGGAGUUUCUGAGAGGAAGUCUGUAAUCCAGAUCAACAUCGGCUUGCUGCUGUGGAAGGCUUUUUGCAGCGUGGGCGGUGUCCUCCUCAUCGACAAAAUAGGAGCUCGCAAGCCAUUGAUAACCGGAACCUCCGCCACAGUUAUUCUGUUUGGUAUUCUGGCUGGCCUGUCUUACCUGACCGAGGUCCAUCCCGAAACAAAUGCGUAUGCCAUCGGUGCGAUUGUCGUUGUUGCCCUGUUCCUACUUGCAGUUGCGGCAAGCUGGAGCAUCUUGGCCUACACUUACCCUCCCGAGGUGCUGCGAUACUCUCAGCGCGCCAAAGGGGUCGUAGUUGCCCAAGCAAUCGGGUAUGCAUUCAGCUUCCUCAACCUUUACACCACUCCUCUUGCUAUCGAAAGGAUCUCUUGGAGAUACUAUGCCAUCAACGGUGGUUGGAAUCUUGGAAUACUGUUUGUCGUUACUUGGCUGUUUGUCGAAACCAAGGGCAGGACCUUGGAGGAGAUGGAUGAAAUCUUUGAUGGGGUUGUCUACUCGAACAAUGUCAUCAUUGAUGGCCAGAAUUCUAAGAGUGAUUUGGGGAAGGACGUCGGUGAUAGUAGCAGUUUGGCCAAGAGGAAGCUUAGCAAGGUCAGCACCCGGGAGUAA